UAUAUACGCAACUAACAUUUGUGUCCAGCAAAGCUCUGAAAUCCAUGGGGUAUGCGUGGGAGGAAGAUGAAAGGGAGAACUUCAACGUCGCCGGCCCUUUGCAUCUCACUGCUGUUGAUUGGAGCAACUUCAGACACCGGAGCUCCGUCGCUGCCAGCUUGGUCGAAGGUACCUACAUUCUCGAAAUGGACUGGCAGAAACGCCGCCACGGUGGCCCUCGGGCCAAAGCUCCUUUGUGGUGGGAAUUCUUCGGGUUCAAGUUAAUCCAGGUUUUAGUAGAUCGGGAAGAUCAGUCCAUCUUUGGCGCUGUAUAUGAGCUAAAAUUCUCGUCCCAAACUGGGAAAUCCCCGAAACAAGUAAUUGCAUUUCGGGGAACACUCAUGAAAUGUAAGAGCUGGUCACAGGAUAUUAGACUCGACCGUCAUAUCGUCCAAAACACCCUCCACAACAGCAACCGCGUCCAUGACGGAUUGCAGGCCGUCCAGACUGCGGUUUCCAAGGUCGGGGCCAAGAAUGUCUGGUUGACCGGACAUUCCUUAGGGUCUGCAAUCGCUUUGGUGGUCGGGAGAAACAUGGUACUAAAAAUGGGUUACCAUCUGGAAACAUAUCUGUUCAAUCCCCCGUUUGCUUCGCUGCCGAUACAGUUAAUCAAGAACCCGAAGCUCCGGGAAGGGAUUCAUUUUGUCCGCACCGUCGUCAAAGCCGGAGUGGCCGUCGCCGCGAUGAGUAGUAGUGCCCACAACAAUAAAAUUGUAGAAGACGAUGAAGAGUUCAGUGUACUGUUCCCAUGGAUUCCAUACUUGUUCAUCAACCCGUCGGAUCCCAUUUGCGCUGGAUACCUGGAAUACUUCCAGCAAUGGGAGAAGAUGGCCGGCGCCGGAGAAAUUGCGCGGUUUGCGGCGAGGAAUUCAAUAAAGAGCAUGGUUUGGAAUGCGAUGGGGAAGGAUUCUAAGCCGUCACACCUCAUUCCUUCUGCUUAUGUGACCAUGAAUUUGAAGCGUUCGCCUGAUUUAGAGACGGCGCACAAGCUCAGCCAGUGGUGGCGCCCGGAUUCAAAGCUUGAUUACAAGCUAUAUCGGUUAGAUAACGUGUGAUAAACCACGUCAUUGCACUUAAUCUGCUAGACGAGUCAGAUAUUUGAUUAAUGAGGUCAAAGAUUUGACCCAUCAAUCGGAUCUGGACUCACACUCUUAUUUAGAAUAUAGGCCGGGUGGGAUAAGUAUUUGUUGGAACAACACAUGUUUAAGUGUAACUCCUUAGUACCUCCUUAAUUUUUAUGUUUAAUUAAACUUUAGACUUACAAAUAUAUUUAAACAUUAAUCCUA